AAGAAGAAGAAGACGAAGAAGAAGAGCCGUUUGCGAGAGGCCACCAUGGAUGGAGUUUUGAAGAAUAUUUAAUAGAGCCUUCGCUCAGUGGGACAGCCCAAAACAAACCACCUUUUGCUGAUGCUAACAUGCCUAAAAAUAGCCAAACCAAGCGGGCAAGGGACGCUGCACGCAAGAGGAGGGCAGAGGAAACGCCAGAGAAGCGAGCAGAGCGCCUGGCAAGACGUGCUGUGCGCAUGGCUAAGAAGAGGGCACGCCUAGUGCGUGACCUUCGACGACACAUGGAGUAGGUUCUCCCUGACAGGCAGCAGCUCUGGGUCCAGGAGAAGAACUGCAGUCUGGACCAAGAGGACCCAGAGCCUCCACAGAUUAAAGAGGAACGGGAGGAAGUCUGCAUCAGUCAGGUGGCAGAGCAGCUUGUACUGAAGCAGGAGACUGAUGCCUUUAUGUCUCCUACUCAUGAGGAAAAUGACCACCAGACCACCUUUACUGAUGCCCACUUGCCUAAAGCAAGCCGUGCACAUGCAGCCAAAUCAGAUGAAGCACGAGCUGCGCGCCAUGGGAGCAACGCUGUGUGCAUGGUUAGAAUGAGGGCAGAAAAAACGCUAGAAGAGCUCUUGACAAAAGAUGCGAUGCGCAAGUCUAAAAUGAGAACAGAGGAAACGCCUGCGAAGCGAGCAGAGCGCCUGGCAAGAAAUGCUGUGCGCAUGGCUGAGAAGAGAGCAGAGGAAACACCAGAGGAGCGAGCAGAGCGCCUGAUAAAAGAGGCUGUGCGCAUGGCUGAGAAGAGGGCAGAGGAAACGCCGGCGGAGCAAGCAGAGCGCCUGAUAAAAGACGCUGUGCGCAAUGCUAAAAUGAGAGCAGAGGAAACGCCAGAGAAGCGAGCAGAGCGCCUGAUAAAAGACGCUGUGCGCAGUGCUAAACGGAAAGCAGAGGAAACGCCGGAGAAGCGAGCAGAGCGCCUGAUAAAAGACGCUGUGCGCAGUGCUAAACGGAGAGCAGAGGAAACGCCGGAGAAGCGAGCAGAGCGUCUGGCACGAGUUGCUGCAUACAGGGCUAAAAGAAGGGCCCGCCGGGCACAGGGCCUUCAACAUCAGAAGAAGUUUCUCCCUGACCAGCAGCAGCUCUGUAUUGAGGAGAGGAUCUGCAACCCCAACUUUUCAGAGCUGUGUGAAAAACCAUUGCUUUGUGAGACCUGCGGCAAAACAUUCAGCAACAUUUCUUUAUUGAAAAUCCAUAUGGCAAUCCACAAAAGCGAGAGACCAUAUUUGUGCAAAACAUGUGGUAAAGAUUUCAAAGUUGCCAGUAUUUUGAAAGCCCACAUGAGAACCCACACAGUUAGGAAGCUGUGCAAUUGUAAGACCUGCGGAAAAAGAUUAAGUUGUGUUGCAUCAUUGAAAAGCCAUAUGACAAUCCACACAGGUGAGAGACCAUAUUUGUGCCAAAUAUGUGGGAAAGAUUUCCGACUUGCCGGUAUCUUGAAAUCUCACAUGAGAACCCACAUAGGUAAGAAGCUGUAUACUUGUGAAACAUGUAGGAGAGAGUUCAGUGUUAGGUGUGCUUUUAUUGUCCAUAUGAGAACUCACACAGGUGAGAAGCCAUACUUUUGCAAAACCUCUGAUGAAUGAUUUUUUUUGAAUUGGAAAGGCAUACAAAAAGCAUACAUUGAGAAACAAAACAAGUAAGGAGCCACAUGAAUGCAAGUUUUUCUCAAAUCUCAUUUCUAACAAAACAAUCCAUAAACAGGACAAACCGUAAAGAUGAAACCUCUUUGGUUGCAGCAUCUUUGUAACUAUAAAAAACUUUUCCCAUAAAAAAUUUAGUCACAAUAUGUUAUUGUAAUGAUGUACAUUAUCAACAAUGCCAGCAGGUUUUGUUAAAUUAACCUGUUUUUUUUGCAUGCAUAUUACUGCAUUACUCAUUUUUCUGUUAGUAACAGUAUUUAUUUUUAACAAUCAUUAUCUCCCACAUCUUUGAAAAAUCUUUGUUGCACAAUGGGUCCAUAGUUUUCAAGGAAAAACAAACACAUUGUAGAUGUUGUGCUCAAAUAGUUUUGUUAACAAUUCAAAUAUUUCUUUAAAUUUCAGAUUUUUAGUCUGAUGUUCCCAACUUGAUGGAUUGAGAGAGAGCGUUAACUACAGCCGAUAAACAACCCAAGUGGUAGUAGUGCAUAUAAUUAGUGAUUAGUGCCUAAAGGAAUGUUGCUGUUUUUGCUGCAUUUUCAAUCUUAUGUAUGUAUUCUAACAAUAAAGCUUUGUAUUGUGA